UAACAAGACUCGCGUGGCGCGGAGCCGCCGUUUCCGCAAACAGAAUCGUGGGUGGCGGCGUAGUGUUGGUUCAUGAAGUUUUAUCAAUUCAAAUAAUUGAGAAUAGAAAAUUCUACAAAAGCAAAGGAAUAUAAAAAAAUGGCUCUGGAACAGGCAAAAGCAUCAGUAAAUUCUGAAUCAGAGACUUCAUUCAGUAUUGAUGAAACCACAACAGCUUCUGGGACUGGUUUUACUGUAAAGACUUCUGUCUGUGGGCAAGUAGAUACACCGAAGAAGAGAAAAGAGUUUGAAGAUGAUCUUGUUGAGCAGAGUUCCAGGUAUGAGGAAGACAGUCCAUCCAAGAAAAGAAAACUUGAUGUUGAAUUUGUCCCAGAGGAAAAAGGUUCUGGUGAUGUUGAAGGUGUUUCAAAGAAAAGGAAACUGGAAACUGAUGAUGAUCUAAAAGAUGAACCUUCGACUGGAGAUGGCACUCAGAAAAAGAGAAAAAUAGAACUGGAGGAUGUUCCUGAAAAGCAGAAAAUCUUGGAAGGAGGACACAGCUCAACUGUGGCUGCCCACUACAAUGAGCUUAAGGAAGUUGGUUUGGAGAAGCGUAGUCAAAGUCGUAUUUUUUACCUAAGAAACUUUAAUAAUUGGAUUAAAAGUGUUCUUAUAGGGGAAUUUUUGGAAAAGGUACGACAGAAAAAAAACCACAAUAUCACUGUUUUGGACCUGGGAUGCGGUAAAGGUGGAGAUUUGCUAAAGUGGAGAAAGGGAAGAAUUAGCAAGCUCAUUUGUACUGAUAUUGCAGAUAUUUCUGUCAAACAGUGUCAGCAGCGGUAUGAGGACAUGAAAAAUCGUCGUGAUGAGUAUAUUUUUAAUGCAGAGUUCAUAACUGCUGACUGUUCAAAGGAACUUUUGUCUGACAAAUUUCGUGACCCACAAGUGUGCUUCGACAUCUGUAGCUGUCAGUUUGUCUGUCAUUACUCAUUUGAGUCGUCUGAGCAGGCUGACAUGAUGCUCAGAAAUGCCUGUGAGAGACUUGGCCCUGGAGGCUAUUUUAUUGGUACAACUCCUAACAGCUUCGAGCUGAUAAGACGCCUUGAAGCUUCAGAAACAGAGUCAUUUGGAAAUGAAAUCUAUACUGUGAAAUUUGAGAAGAAAGGACAUUAUCCCUUAUUUGGCUGCAAAUAUGACUUCAACUUGGAAGGUGUUGUGGAUGUCCCUGAAUUCUUGGUGUAUUUUCCGUUGCUAACUGAAAUGGCAAAGAAGUACAAUAUGAAACUAGUCUACAAAAAAACUUUUCUGGAAUUCUAUGAAGAAAAGAUUAAGAACAAUGAAAAUAAAAUGCUUUUAAAACGAAUGCAGGCCCUGGAGCCUUAUCCUGCAAAUGAGAGUUCUAAACUUACCUCUGAGAAGGCUGAUGACUAUGAGCAUGCAGCACAGUACAUGAAGAACAGUCAAGUAAGGUUACCUUUGGGAACCUUAAGUAAAUCAGAAUGGGAAGCUACAAGUAUUUACUUGGUUUUUGCCUUUGAGAAGCAGCAGUGAGCACUUUUGCAGUGGCCCCAAAGUAACGCUCCACCCUCCACAGAUAUGAACAAUCCAUCUCAUAGAUCUGACAGCCUUCUGUUUAUUUUAAUUAUAAAUUAAUUGUAAAUGUACAGGAUGCUGCCGGAAACUCCAGUGUAUAAAUUCAGCAUUUGCUGUCUGUGACAGAUUAACUUGUGACAGAUUAACAGAAUGAGUUGGGACCUUUGUCUUUAAAUAUCUAUUUUCAGGUAAUGUUUUAAGAAUUCCAUUUGCCUGUACUGUCUUAGCUCAUAAAAAUUACAAUAUGACUUGUUGAAGCAGCUGAAUUCUUCACAGUGCUGAGUUUUGAGCGUGUGCUUAGAGUGUGUGUUUACAGUGUUGUACUUGCUGCAGCUGUGGUGGAGAGCACACUGCUGGACUACCAGCAGUGGACUCUUUUCCACGGUUUUGUUACAUAUUAGUUUUCAAGUUUAAGUGGAUUGCUUUCUGUACAGUUUGAAUGUAAGUGUUCAAUAUAUGUUGCUGAAGUUAUAAAUUUAAAAUGACUUUAGAUGGUUAUAAAAGUUACCUAGCUAGAUUUUUAUCAACUGCAUUUUGAUAUGAACAAUUAUUUGUUAAUAUGUUGCAGUUCUGAAACUGUUUAGAACAUUUUAGAUGGCAACAUAGAAUUAUUUUGGAAUUUUAAUUUCCUACAAUAGCAUUAAUAUAUCCAGUUGUCAAAAUUGUAAUUAGACAUUUACCUUUCUUCAUUGGACAAUGAUGCCAUAAUUAAUUUUUCUCAAGAUUUAUUUAGUGAAAAUCCCUCUCUUGUAAAGCCUGUUGGAAAUUUGUUCAGAUUUGUAUAUGUAACUGCACUAGGCACAUAGGACUGUAGAGGAAGCAGAUGCUUAGACUUCAGAUUAAUCAUCAUUGAUGUUAGAUCCAGGUUCCCACCCAGAAGUAAGCAAUUUCAGAACCAUUAUAAUUGUCAUUAAAAUUGUCAGUAGUAUAAUUACUCUUCCACAACGUGCUUACAUGAACUGUUGUCCAUAUGUCAGCAUUCAGGAAACUUGCCAGUAUUUGGUUGAACUAAGAGAUUUUAAGAUUAAAGUAGAACGAUUGUGUAUUCUUUUUAAAUGGUUUAUUUAAAGCAUGACUUACAAAGGCAUUCUGUAAUCAUCUGCAGUACUUGUUUUAAAAACAUGAUCUCUUAAUUGCUUUGAAUCUGUUGAUCAUGGUGUUAGAGUAGCAAGCUUCUCAACAAGAGAACAUGGGUUUCCUUCCUCUCUUCUGUUCCUCCUGCAGUCUGUCAGUUUCACAAAGAUCACGUCUUCUUGCCAUAGUGGUGGCUUUCCGUGCCAUCACUUGGAAAACCAGCAUUAGCGUACCUGGCUGGAGCUGCGUGACUAGCAGAGGCGUGGAGUGGUGCUGGCCGGUAGGGAGGACGGGGCUCCUACUCAGGCAGCAGCCCUUUCCCUGGAGCUUUGCUUGCCUCCCCCCCCCCCGCCCCCCACCUCUCCCUGCUGCAGUUAAGUGUCUGGACAGUGACUCAGGAUGAUCCUUUAGGAGAAGGACUGGAAACGGCACCCCUGUCCACCAUCACCCCUCACCAGGGAGGGGGAAGCCAACACAAGGGGAACACCCACAGUCUGAAUGGUUGGUUCAGGACAUAUCCAGUGAGAGGGCCCUGGUUUUUCCCUUGUGGGCCAAGAAGAGCACCUGAGCUUGAGCCCAGUGAGGAGGGCAGUCCAUGAGAGGCUCCAGGGCACUCAGACCUGCUCUGUGGUUGUCCUCCCUCCGAGGAUGAAAUGAGAAAUGAAGAUCAGAUCAGCUCUUCGUAGGAAAGACCCAGCCUGAGAAGUGGAUGAUUGACGGGGGAGCAUGGCUGCAUUUUGGUGCUACCAGGAACACUAACAUUGAAUUCUUUGGGUCUAGAAUCUACUCGAGGAGACACCAGUGACCACAGUGUCCAGGAGAGGAGCAAGUGAGUUCCAGCAGUUUGCAGCUACCCUCUGGUGUCCUCACCUGUCGAGGGUGGCACACCUGACUUGGCACAGCGAGUGGGCCUUCCUGUGCCUGAGUCCACUGUGUUUCCGGAGAAACACUGGCUUUAGUGGGAGAAGCCACUGAGAGGCUUUGCUUAAGUUAAUGAGCAGGCCAAGCCUGAAAAGUUGGUUGUCAGUGCAGUGGGUUCCCUGGCCCACUCCUUCACCCUGCAUGGGAAGUCUUGGAAGCAUGAUUGCUGCCUGACUUCACAGCUCAUGAUCAGAGCAGAGGGCUGUGAGGAAACGGGCCCUGAGGCAGGGUGCGGUGUUGCUCAGUGAAGAGCAGAACGAGUCCUUGAGCCUCUGAGCUCGUUGCAUUCAGGUUUCGUUUUGAUGAAGAUGUGGCUUCCUGUGUAGGCCUGCCUGCAGGAUCAGAGUGGCAGCGUGACAGUUCCAGUGGUUUCUCUUUCACAAGCUGACUUUCUGUUGUCUACCUCAGGCUUUGUAUGUGGGUCAUCCGGAGCCAGGCACUGCAGAGGUCUCUAGACCUGCAAAGUGGAGGCCAUACCCAGGUCCUGGACCCUGGAGUGGAAGUUGUACCACGGUGCCUGUGGUGUGUAGGCCCGGUGGUCGUGUCAGACCACCACCUCUCUAGCUGCUGCACACCAGUACGGUGUACCUGAUGAGAAAUUGUUUAUAUCCCGCCCUCUGACAGCACUGGUCCUGAUUCUUUGAAGAUUGAAUGCAGUGGCUGCUGUGUUUACUUAGUGGCAGAGAGAUGUGGGACUGGGCCAGGGGACUGUCAGCUCUGCUCCCCCUGGAACUGGAACUGUUUUCCAGUUCCUCUCCAUUCUGUGUAGGCCUGGGGCAUGAGCAUGCAUUUCUCCCUGCAGGAUUGAGGAGACAGGAGACACCUGGAAAUGUGCCCCAUAGUUUGGCUGUGGAGACUCGGGUGAACCCCAAGCCCUCUGCUCUCUAGACUUAUUCUGGGCCAUCCUUCCUUGGGAACAGCACACCUUAGACAAAGCCAAGUUGACAGCUCACAUUUGUGAGUCUCCUACCUUGUGUCAGUUGCUUUUCUAAAUGUUUUACAUCUGGUAAUUCAUUUUGAUCUUUAUAACAAUCUUCAUGGUGCAAGGACCAUUAUUUCACUUUUAUGGGUGAGAAAAUUGGGGUAGAGAGGAUGCAGAUUGCCCAGGACAGAGGCUGCGUUUUAACACCCCACCCAAGGUGUACCUGCAGUCCAGUUGCAGGUCUCAAACCUCCAAAGCACUGUCCAGAUGAUCCUCGCCCAUCCCUCCCUGAAACCGCGGGGUUAGCUGUUGGGGGCGCCACCAUGUGGGAUCAAAACUAACUUACUUGCACGUUCCUGAGAAGAGCAUUGAUUCCUGAAGGAGAGGCUUGUGGAGGGAGGUAGAGAGGACGCCCCAGGACUUAAACCUGCUGGAAGGCGGAGCAGUGUGCUUAGGCACAGUGCGAGGCCCAGCAGCAGCCAGGCCUGCGCGGUCGGCGUUGAGCAGUGCCGCUCUUCCCAUCACCUGCAGGGCUGCACAGGUCGGAGAGCGGGGCUGAGCAGAGAAGCCAGGGGAGCACGCCUGCGGUCAGCAGAGGAGCCAGCCAGAGGCAGUGGCUGUUUUCACUUUUUAUUGAAGGAGGACACCUAUACGAACAGCCGCGAUACUUCACAAGCAGAACACACAGGCACUUACUCCCCAGGCUCCUGUCAGGCUCCCUCCUGUCAGGUCCCCUCCUCCCCAUGGUAACCACUUUGCAGCCGUAAUAGCAUAGACUGGUUUGUAUUGUUUGAGAUGUUAUGUGAAUGGAAUUGAACAUUAUGCAUUCUUGGUAUCUGGCUUUCACUGAGCAGUAUGAGUUUUUUGUUGUAUGUGUUUGUACAUGGUUCAUUCUCAUGGUUGUAAUGUAUUCCAUUGUGUGAAUAAACCACAUAUUAUUUAUCUGA